AUGGCUUGUAACUGCAAAGUUUUAAAAAGUAAAUUUGAAAGACUUCAAACAAAAUAUAUAACAUUAAAAAGAAAUCAUAAAAGGCUUUUAGGUUUAACAAUAUUAUUAACGGAUGUUUUAGAAGAUUCCAUUAAACAAGGUGUUAAUAGUGAAAUAAUAUCAGAAAUAGAAUCUUAUGCUACCCUAUAUCCAGAUUUAUUAGGAAAUAAGAAAAGUUUUAAAAUUGUGGAUGACAAAUUGUUGAUGAAAAUGGUAGAAUUUAUGAGCCAACAAGUGAAACUGAAAGAGAAUAUUAUGAAGGUUUUUUAG